AUGCCUCGUGGUCAGAAGAGUAAGCGACGCUCCCGUGAGAAACGCCAACAGGUCCGAGACGAGACUCAGAGUGCUGAGGCUGCUCAAGCUGUGGAGUCUUCCUCCUCUCCUGCUUGUGAGGGUGCUCCCCAGAGUUCCUCUCCUUCUUGUGAGGGUGCUCCCCAGAGCUCCUCUCCUGCUUGUGAGGAUGCUCCCCAGAGCUCCUCUCCUGCUGGAAAAUCCCAGGAGCCUCCAAAAGCUGGAGCUCGUUCUCGCCGCCCAAGAGCUAAGAAAGGUGCUAAGAGCCAAGCUGAGGAAAAUCCAAGUUCCUCACAGGCUUCAGCUUCCACUGAGAGCUCAGGCAGAGAUCUGCUCACCAAGAAGGCAGGUAUGCUGGUGCAAUUCCUGCUUCACAAGUACAAAGUGAAAGAGGCCUUCUCGAAGGUAGAGAUGCUGAAACUCUUCAGCAAGAGGUACAGGGAGGCCUUCCCUGAGAUCCUGAGUAGAGCCACUGAGCGCAUGGAGCUGGUCUUUGGUCUUGACCUGAAGGAAGUUGGCCCCAGAGGUCAGUCCUACACCCUUGUCAGCAAACUAAAUGUUCAAAACGAUGGCGCUCAGAGUGAUAGCGAACAGUUCCCCAGGCAUGGUCUCCUGAUGCCCAUCCUGGGCAUGAUCUUCAUGAAUGACAACCGAGCCACUGAGAAUGAGAUCUGGGAAUUCCUGAAUAUGCUGGGGCUCUACGAUGGAAAGAGUCACUACAUCUUCGGGGAGCCUAGGAAGCUCAUUACAGAAGAUUUUGUGAAGGAAGAGUACCUGCAGUACCAGCUGGUCCCCAACAGUGAUCCUCCAUGCUAUGAGUUCCUGUGGGGUCCCAGAGCCCACACUGAAACCAGCAAGCUGAAAGUCCUGAAGUUUUUGGCCAAAGUCAAUGGUACUGACCCCAGUUUAUUCUCAUCCAAGUAUGAAGAGGCGUUGAGAGAGGAGCAAGAGAAAGCCCAAACCGAAGAUGCCACCAACACUGAUCCUACUCCCGAGACCAGCACCCGUGCCAAGGCUAAGGCCAAGGCCAAGGCCAAGGCCAAGGUUGAAGAGUAA